AUGUCGUCAAAUGUUUUAAAGCAGGUUAUUGAAGAAUUGAAUGCUUCACCGUUUCCGUUCAGUAUGCAAUUGGAUGAAAGCACCGAUGUAUCACAAUGCAGCCAACUCUUGGUGUUUGUCCGUUAUGUAAAACAUGAUACGCGUAGUAUCAAAGAGGAGUUUCUUUUUUGCGACUCACUUUUAGAAACUACGAAGGCUUCAGAUGUCUUCGAAAUGAUAAAAAAAUUUUUCAUCGCACAAAAUGUAGACUGGAAGACUAAACUUGGUAGUAUAUGUACCGAUGGAGCUCCCGCGAUGCUUGGUAAUACAUCUGGUUUUGCGGCUUUGAUCAAGAAAGAGUGCCCUCAUGUUAUAAUCACUCAUUGUGUCUUGCAUCGACAUGCCUUGGCUUCACGAACUAUGCCUACUUUUUUGAAGGAAGUUAUGUCUACAUGUGUCAAAAUAAUUAACUUCAUCAGAGCAAGAGCCUUAAACCACCGCCUGUUUAAAAAGCUUUGUCAAGAAAUGGGUUCAGAACAUGAAGUACUUCUUUACUACACAGAAGUUCGUUGGCUGUCAAGGGGACAAGUAUUGAAGCGCUUGUUUGAGUUGCGAGAAGAAGUGUUACUUUUUCUGAAAAACAAAGAAAAUUCAUUGUAUGAAUAUCUUGAAAGAGAAGAUUUUGUGGAAGGGCUAGCGUACUUAGCUGAUAUAUUUACUCAUUUGAACGAGAUUAACCUGUCUCUUCAGGGUUUUGCAGUCACCAUUGUGGAUGCGUCUGAACGGCUGAAAGGUUUUUUAGGUAAACUGCCACUUUGGAAAAGAAGAGUGGAAUCAGGUAAAUUUGCAAAUUUUCCGAUGUUAGAAGAGUUGAUAAUGCAAAAAACCCAAAGUGACGGCCACACGACAUCAAAGAAGGUACAGAAAGAGGUGUCUAAGCAUCUGGAAACAUUGCAGACGUCUUUUGAAGGUUAUUUCAGCCCAGAGUCGCUUGAAAAAGAAACAUGGGUGCGGAGCCCAUUUUUAAUCGAUAUUGACAGCAUUAGUGAUGAAGAUCUUAUUAAAGAUGAUCUAAUUGACAUGAGAUCAAAAGAAGUUUUGAAAGCUGAAUUUCAGGCAAAAGAUCUUGGCGACUUUUGGGGUUCCUUAAGUCAAGCUUACCCUCUUCUAGUCAAGCGAGCUAUGUCCAUUUUGAUACCGUUUGCUACUACGUAUCUUUGCGAGGCAGGGUUCUCGAUUAUGAUGUCAAUAAAGACAAAAAGUCGCAAUCGGUUGAACGUCGCAGAUGACAUGCGACUUGCCUUGUCGAAGACAGUCCCACAAAUUAACGUUCUCAUUGAGGCCAAACAACAGCACCCUUCUCAUUAA